CUCAAAGUUCUCACACUGCUCAUCACAACAUCUUACUCUCCCAUCCAGUACUAUCAACCACUACUAAAAAUGGCAACCAAUAUUCUCCUAAUUGUUGUUCUUGUUGCUUGUACACUUGUUUUAUCCACAAAUGCAAGGAGCCUUAAUUCCAUGAAAGCUACAAAACCUGAAGAUGAACAAAAGACAUUUUUUCGUCACCCUUUACCGCCAUUUCUUGGCGGUCACGGGCUUGGCAGGCCCGUAUUUGGUCUAGGUCCGGGUUUAGGUUUUGGUCCUUUUGGAGGAAUUGGUGGGGGAAGUGGCCUAGGUGGUGGUGGACUAGGUUUUGGAGCUGGAACUGGAGCUGAAGCGGGAACUGGAUUUGAAAGUGGGUCGGGUUUCGGGUCCAGCAUUGGCGGUGGAUCGGGUUUCGGGUCAACUAUAGGCAUGGGAAAUGGUGGAGGUUUUGGUUUUGGUGGUGACAAUGGAGGUACUACUCCUAAUGCUGAUGGUGCAUUUGCUGGUGGCCAAGGUGAAGGAGGUGACGAUGCAGCACUUGGAAAUCAAAAACCUUGAGUAAUUCUUCAUAUGAUAUGUUACUAAUAGUAGUUUUAUUUACUAGAUUCCACCAAAUAAUAGUAACUUCGUAUUGCAGUUACUAAUUAAGUAGGAGAAUUAUUGUUCUUUCAAGUAGGUUAUGGUUUGCAUGAAUUAGUAAUUCUUAUGAGUCAAAUUUGUAGUUUGUCUGAUUAUGCAAGUUUUAAUGACACUUUUAUAUUUCUUUA